GUGACGGAGAUGUUUGGGAUCUUGAAAAUGGACAAUUUAACACGCACGUCCGUAUUUCGGCGGCCAACAUGUGUGUGUACGCUGAAUUAAUUCGCAAAUGCCCGGCCGAGGAGUGAAAAGGAAAGAGGGGAAGACCGCGGCGCGCCACUUACAGGUAAGGAGGGGCCCUGCAGACAGCAGCUGUGCCAGGCGCCAUGAGUCGGCGAGCUGGGCCUGUGAGAGAGGAGAAAUCACCCAUCAUCAUUCUCAGCCAGCCCGGGCAACGCAACAGACGCACACAGCAGGGCUAAGAGCAGCCGGCAGCGGGCUAACACACGUAUCGGGAGAGAACAGAUGGGGAAGACGGCGAGAGAGUGAGAUUGUGCAUUCAGAAUCUCGGGUUGCUUCGUCCUCCAUGGCCAACUGGACCGGGCCACGCUCAGAGGCAGCCAUGCCCAUGUUAACACACCGUCCUCUGUCGGGUCCCCCUUGUUAGACGUCACAAAUCAAUCUCCGGCCCCUGUGAGGCUAGAGAGCUGAGGGGCAGUGGAGGACAGAAGUGUAACAGAGAGAGAAAGAGUAAGAGAUAGAGCGAUAGAGGGGAGGGAAGAGAGAGAGACUGUGACAGGCCCCCAUGCAGGCGCGUAAGAAGUAUGUUCUGCUGGGCUUGUGUGCAUGCUGCUGGCUGCUCCUCGUUUACUGGGGCGGGGGAGUCCAGGUGCGUCUGCUCCGGUUGCUAACCCGCCACCGGGGUGAGGUGGUACGACCCUGGCCCAACUGGACUGACAGGGCCUUCCUGCCACGCUAUGCCCACCUGGAUGAGCUGCAGAUGGACCCUGGCAUGGCCGAGUCACCCCACCAGCGCCGGCAGGCCUGGUCAGGCAUCUAUAAAGACAGCCAUUGCCGCAUGGAGACCUGUUUCGAUUUUUCCCGGUGCCGCCGGAGGGGAAGGGAUGGGUUCAGGGUGUACGUGUACCCCACGGAGAAAAAUGAACAUGUGUCAGAGAGUUACAGGAAGAUCCUGACCUCUAUAGGUGAGUCGCGGUACUAUACGUCGGACCCCCGCGAAGCAUGUCUCUUCGUGUUGGGGAUUGAUACCCUGGACAGAGACCAGCUGUCGGGGCAGUUCGUACCCAAUGUGGACGAGCGCAUUCGUGGUUACCCACUGUGGAACGAAGGGCGGAACCACCUGAUCUUCAACCUCUACUCGGGCACCUGGCCCAACUACACAGAGGACUUGGGCUUUAAUAUUGGCCAGGCCAUCUUGGCUAAAGCCAGCCUCAACACAGAACACUUCAGGCCAGGUUUUGAUGUCUCCAUCCCUCUGUUCUCUAAGGACCACCCCCAGAAGGGUGGAGAACGGGGCUGGCUCGUGAGAAACACCAUCCCCCCACGUAGGAAGUACCUGCUGAUGUUCAAAGGGAAGCGUUACCUCACGGGCAUCGGCUCGGACACACGCAACGCGCUCCACCACAUCCACAACGGGAAGGACAUUGUGUCACUGACAACAUGUCGCCACGGAAAGGACUGGGAGAAGCACAAAGAUGCCCGCUGUGACCAUGACAACAUGGAGUACGAGAGGUUCGACUACCAGGAGCUUCUCCACAACUCCACCUUCUGCCUUGUGCCUCGAGGUCGACGCCUUGGCUCCUUCCGCUUCCUGGAGUCCCUGCAGGCGGCAUGUAUCCCCGUGUUGCUGAGUAACGGUUGGGAGCUGCCCUUCUCAGAUGUCAUACAGUGGAACCAGGCAGUCAUUGAGGGGGAUGAGAGACUACUACUACAGGUGCCGUCCACAGUGAGGGCGAUAGGCAAUGAGAGGGUCCUGGCUCUCAGACAGAGGACACAGAUGCUAUGGGAGGCCUACUUCUCCUCAGUGGACAAGAUAGUCCUCACCACACUGGAGAUCAUAAAGGACCGUGUGUUCGCUCACAUUUCGAGGAACAAGUUCAUGUGGAACUCGCUGCCAGGAGGCCUGCUGGUUCUGCCGGAGUACUCCACACACCUGGCACAUUUCCCCUUCUACUACCUGGGGCUAGGGGUCAGUCCAGGUCAGGAGUUCACAGCCAUCAUCCACGCUGUAUCCCCUUUGGUCUCCCAGUCUCAGCCCAUCAUGAAGCUGCUCCAGGUUGUUUCCAAGUCCAAGUAUUGCUCACAGAUUAUCAUUCUGUGGAACAGCGAGAAACCGCCCCCCCAUAGGAGUAAAUGGCCCCCCAUGCCUGUCCCCCUCACUGUGACAGACGGCAGGAGGAAGACCACCAGUCGGUUUUUACCUCAUGUUGCCAUAGAGACAGAGGCGGUGCUGAGUCUGGAUGAAGAUACAGUCCUGCUGGCCAGUGAGGUGAACUUUGCCUUCUUAGUGUGGCGCAGUUUUCCUGAGCGUAUUGUGGGCUACCCUCCCAGGAGCCACUUCUGGGAUCCCCUGAAGCAUGCCUGGGGCUAUACAUCUAAAUGGACUAACGACUACUCCAUUGUCCUGACAGGUGCUGCGUUCUAUCACAGGUACUACCACUACCUGUUUUCCCACUACUUGCCCCCCUCUCUGCGGGCUCUGGUGGAUCACACCUCUAACUGUGAGGACAUCCUGAUGAACUUCCUGGUCUCCUCAGUAACCCACCUGCCGCCAAUCAAAGUGGCUCAGCGGAAGCAGUACAAGGAGCUGCCCAACCCACAGGGGACAAAGAGUGCCCCCUGGGCCAACCCGGAGCAUUUCAAUCAGCGGCAGGAAUGUGUCAACACUUUCGCCAACUGGUUUGGCUACAUGCCCUUGGUCCACUCCCAGUUCCGCCUGGAUCCCGUGCUCUUCAAGGACCAGGUGUCAGUCCUCCGCAAGAAGUACAAAGACCUGGAGCGAGCAUGAAGCUGACAGCCAAGUAGAAAGACAGGUUGGGGACUGUGGGGAUCUUGUGCAGGGGUCUUUUGGGCAGACGGACAAAUGGACAGAAUAACUGAUGACAGGAAAUCCAUGACAGUCGGGCUGUCUGCCAUAUGGACAGGGCAGGCAGGCUGGCUACAAGGACAUAAUAAAUGGCACGAAGGGAAAAAUGUGGGCUUGAUCUAUUUGCAAUAUGGACAAAGUACAAUCAACAGGCAGACCCUGGUGGACUGUUCUGUGGAAAUAAAGCAAAUGGGAGAAAGGUUGCUAGGAGCUGCACAAGGAUCUCCCACCUCCAUGUGUCUGACAAGACAAACCAUUGGAGGAAACAUAAGGGGCCUUACAAGAGGCCUUUUGAAUGCAUCUCCCAACAAGAAUAGACAAUCUCAGUAGGGGGGGUGGGGUGGCAGGGAAUGGGAACACCUCUGAUAUCAGUCCUGUUACCAUGACAAUGUAAAGAGAACUGCGCUCUCAUGUCAGAGGCACCCUAAAGACAUGUUGGUGUCAUGCACUUUGGCUGUCGCGUGCCCCAUUAUGUAUGUGGAGGUGGUUGCCAAGGAAACUGGUCAUUUCACAUCAAAAUGUUAACUGUUAAACCAAUAAAG